AGUGUGAACUGGUUGCCAUUAUUCGGCGGAUUUUGAGCAUAGGUGAAAGAUGGAUGGAAGAAAACCUGCCUAAUCAUCAAAUGUACCAAUUUUUUCUUUUCAUUUACACUUGAUAGUUUAACGGUUUAUUGUGCCAAAUUGAUAUCCGAAAGCUUGGUCAAUUCUCUCGAACAGCUUUAAGAUUAUGGAGCCAAACUUUCGUAUUACUUCUUUGGUCGCGUUCGCCAUCUUGUUCGUCCUCACUGGGUGCAAUGUUGUGUUUUCAAAAGAUUGUAAUGUAACUAGACGUCUUGCUGCGGAACUUUUUAAAAGACCUGGUGGAGAGGAUAACUCAACAAAAGCAGAUGACAGUCAAUUCAUCUGUCUUGCAAAUACCACAUGCUGCUCCAAAGUAAUGGAAAGGAAGCUUUUGCUAUUGAGUGAGGAGAUCCGUCUUCAGAUGGUUUCAAGUCUCCAUGGCAACAUCUCAGAGUCUUUUUUAAAUGCAUCUCAAAACUUUAAAGGUUUUUACAAAAGUUUAAUUGAAACAUCUUACAAGAACCUCGACACAUUGUAUUCAAGAACAUAUUCUGACAGAUAUAAAAACCACAAAGUCAUAUUCCGUCAUCUCUUCACGAAACUGGUCGAUUACAUGACAGGCAAAGAAGAAAUGGAUCUGAAACAGACCGUUGACAACUGGUUCUCAACGCUUUACCAGAAAGUCUAUAUGAUCUCCAAUCCCGGCUUCCAUUUCGAUGCAGUGUACCAACACUGCUUGCUAGAAACUGCAGAUGUGCUAAUGCCAUUUGGAGAUAUACCCCGUAAAAUCAGCUUGCAAGUAAAGAAGUCCUUUCUUGCGUCUAAAGUUUUACAAGAUGCUCUCUCUGUUGGAAGCAGGGUUGUUGAUGAAUUGCUAAACAUGAGAUCAAAUGUAAAGUGCGCGGAAGCGUUCAUGAAGAUGACCAAGUGCCCAAUGUGUUCUGGAAUUGCGGAGAAAGUGAAGCCUUGCUACAAAUAUUGCAUGAAUGUUAUGAAAGGCUGCACUGCGUACCCAGCAGUCGUGGGUCCUGCUUGGAACGCAUACGUCACAGCUCUGCACAAGCUUGCCAUAAAGGCAGAUGGACCUUUCAGUAUGGAAGCAAUUAUCGACCCUCUUGGUGUUAAAAUUUCUGAGGGAAUCAUGUUCUUCCAGUUCAACAGACAAAAUAUUACAACACAUGUCAUGAAAAAAUGUGGAAACCCCCCACCUUCGGAAUUGAAGUCUUUGACGAAAAGAGACCUUUCAGAUGGAAUGGCUUACCCAUAUAAAUUUGAUAGUGGCAACGAUGCGCUCCGCCCAACAACAGCAUAUGGAACGAGCUUAUACAGAUUGAUAACAAACUUAAAGAAAGUUCUGGCUCUGUUCAAAGAUCACUGGGUAUCAUUACCGGGCAACGCCUGCUCAAGUGGAUUUGCUGCACCUGACAACGAUAUGGGAAAAUGCUGGAACGGCGAGGCGGUUGAUAGUUAUAAGAAGCCAGUUGUGAAGGAUGGUGUUGAUGGAAUGUUCAAAAACCCGGAAGUCAGCCUUGACAAGAAAGACCCUCAUCUUACAGUUACUAGGCAAGUAAUCAAACUGAAAGAAAUAACUCAACGCAUUCUGUCAGCUGUCAAUGGUGCUGAUUCUAACCAGAUAGACUUGGAAGAAAGCAGUGGGGAUGGGUCUGGUUAUGGCUCUGGCAGUGGGUCUGGCGGCGGUGAUGGAAGUGGGGUCAAACCGACGGGAUGGACCCGGACUCAACCCGCCACUUACACUGACGUCAUCAACACUAUUGAGGACAAGAAGACGCCACCCAGUUCCCCAACACCCACAAUGGGAAAUACCAUUGACGAAAAUGACAAAAAACCAGACGAGAAUAACAGCGAAAACAGUGCUGACAUCAGCAAAUCCGUUGGUGGCAAAUACCCAGGAAGCACUUCGUCUCUUGUCACGGGACGGCAUAGUUUCAGUGUUCUAUGCUCAAUUGUUGGUUUCUUUACGUUUUACCUUUUAUUUCAGUAGAUUUUAGGUAUAAUAGAGAAAAUAUAGCAUGGUUGGUAGUAAACUCAUAACUAAAUGAUGUGUUUUUGUAGAAUUGUAAAAAGCCCUUCCAUGCCAUACCUUUUGGAGAUAAGCCUUUCAUCCAACCUGCGCCAUCAACAAGUCACUUACAAACUUGUACGUGACACGAUGUUACUGUGAAUCAAUUCAUUGACAAGGUAUUUAAGCAUUUUUCAACAGGGAAACACUUUGCUGUAGAUGUCGCAUCCCACUUAUGCCCUUGAGUUUUGAAAGAAUUGUUCCAUAAUCUGCGUUAUUUUCGCAAGACAUUGGCUUUACUAGAUUGAUCUCAAAUACUGUGGCGGUUUUUUAACCGAAAGCUGUUCUACCCUGAAGUGACUGAAAAAUGUAGUAUUGAGGAAUUAUUGAUUCUUGGAACAAGGACAUAUUAACCUAGAUUAGAAGGAGUUUCAUUACUGUGGUACAGAAAAAGAAAUUUGCUGUAAUUCAUUCGCUUAAGAUGUAUUCGUGAAGUUGAUCAUAUGCUUGGAAAGAAAGAGAUCUCAGAUUGAUGUUAUGUGUCUAAAUUUUAUUGAUAUUCAUUUUUUGUAAAACUUAACUUUUAUUAUAUUGGCUGUAUGCUUGUAAUGGAAAGUUUUUUAGUAGUUUCACAGAUAAGCUCUCUAUUGACAAGAAGUCGUGCAUUCCUCUCUCUCGUUUUCGAGUUUAAAAUUAUGUUCAUGUACAUUUCAGAAAUGACCACUAUAAGUUUCUUGUUUCAAACCAACAAAAACAGCCUAUUUGCUGUUCGCAUUUCUCCUCUAAAUUUUCCACUGAAACGAAAUGAUCGCCAACACUCCUUUUGCGAAACUCAAUUCGUCGCUCCAAUUACAAACAAAACGUAUUUCAACGAAUAUUGUGUAAAGGAUUUAUGACUUCUUGCUGACCUGGUACUUUGAAUUCUUCAAAUAAUUUCUUUAAACAAACGAUUCUAUAGAUAAAAUGGACAUGUACAGAUAGCUUUCGACGUUUUUAUCCGAUAGUUAGCGGAUGUUAGUUUUUUAUCAAACGGAUUAAACUUGACUGUAGAAGAUAGGCCAUUAGAUUUUUUGUUACAAGUAUUUAAUUUGCCUGUGUAAUAAAAUUCUGUCUAAUUAUUUUAUCGGUUUUGUCACAGAUUCUUGACAAAACAUGGUUAA